AUGAAGUCAAUUGCUUUGGUUGCUUUAUUCGUGGUCGUGGCGUUUGCUGCUCCUCAAGCGCCACCGGAGCCCAUCCCGAUUCUUCGUCAGGACAGUCAGAUCAACGGUGAUGGAUCUUACCAGUACUCAUUUGAAACCGGGAAUGGUAUCAGUGCUGACCAAAAGGGUGAUUUGAAGAAGGUUGGAGACGUUGAAGCUUUGGAGGUGCACGGACAGUUUCAGUACCCAGGCGAAGAUGGGCAGAACAUUCAGCUGACUUAUAUUGCUGAUGAAAAUGGCUACCAGCCCCAAGGCGCCCAUUUGCCUACAACUCCCCCUGUACCCGAGUCCAUUCAGCGUGCUCUCGCAUACCUCGCGACCGCCCCUCCUCAGCCCGAAUCUAAUUAA